AUGAGCUCUUCGCAGUCAAACAACCCUCCUUUACCGACUUUGAGCGCACCAAACAGAACAUUCGUUUCUAAACAACCACCGAGACGCACAUCGACAUUCUCAACCACUUCACCUGUUUCGCCAAUCGCAUCCUCGCUUUCUCCGACUUCUCCAUUAACACGCACACCUUCGAACGAGGUCGUUGAACCUUUUUAUCCCCCUGGAGCAUCAUCACAACUGCCCAUUGCCACCGCGGCUGCCAACACCAUUAAGCAAACCAUUGCAUCAACCACGUCCUCAUUUCUGCGGAAGCCAUCCGAGUCUCACCUAUUCAGUGCCGCACAAUCCUCGGCUCUCAAGACACUCUCCUCCGCUGUAUCAUUGAGCAUAAACGAUUCCUCGUUCUGGCCAGCUUUAUUACAAACGACAAAGUUCCCAUCAUCUCAUUCGCUACAAGAUACGUACGAUUUGGAAAUGGCUACAGUAAGCUUAUCCAUCGACCUGGCUGCGAAUAAUGUCAGGACACGAAACUUCAACAAGCUUGUUCUUCAUCUACUCAGCCAACUGAAGCAUAUCCAAUCAACCAAUCCUGAGACCAUCCCAACCGAGGCUUACAAUGCAUUGUUCUUGACCCGUGUUUUCACCAAGCAUUUCGCUGGCAACUUGACCAAUGAGGAAAUCAUGAAGCAGUUCGAAGAUAAUGUGGACGUUCCUCAAGAAAACACCUUUCAGCUCGAUUUGAAAAAGCUUACAAUCAGCGACCAAGUCAAAUCGGAUCAUCGACCACGUGGCGAGCAAUUGUUGGACGCACUUACAACAGCCCUGAUUAACCUGGAUCCAUAUGAAAAUUAUUCCGCCUACGAAUUCUAUACCGAGAUCCUCAACACGCUCAUUGUCUUUUUCUCCACCCAAUUACAUCGCUCUCAUGUGAAUGAAGGAAAUUACUUUUUGGAUCUAUUACUGGACAAGUUUGGAGAUCGUGCAGAUGCUGUUGUUGCAAAGCUACUUGAGAACUUUAUCACACAAAAACCACCUCCUGCAUUAUCAUCAAGCGUGGUGUACAAUGCCUAUAGCUAUCUAUUUUCUUCACGAUCAGGUUCAGCGUCCGAUGUGGAUCCAAUGCCCAUGAACGAGCGAAGUUUGCUACUCCUCCUUCUAUUGACGACUCAGCUGAAAACGUCCCGAGAUGAUUCAUCUGCACCGACAUCGCCAUAUAGAACCGUAUUCGCUAAUCUUCGGGAUCAUAAUGUUCUUGCAACCGAUGUCGAUGGCCAAGACAAGAAAUUUCAUCUCAUUUCUUUCAAGGACCUUUUCUCUUUAUUUUGCAACUCGCUGGGUGUUGAGGAACGAAUGCUUUUAUUAUACGUCAUGUUGGUGGAAAAUGACUCAUUCCGGGUAUAUGUGCUAUCAAGGACGGAUCCAGAGACAAUGUACAUACCCAUGUUGAAGAUCAUCUAUGAAUCCGUGGAGGGGAAGACCAAUUAUUCGCAGGUGUACAUCUUAUUGACGAUCAUGCUGAUUCUCAGCCAAGACGAUGUGAACAACGAGACUAUCCAAAAGAUCAACGUGGGCAAUUUGACAUGGUUCACCGAAAGGCCAUUAUUGAAAUCGAUAUCCUUGGGAGGACUUGUAAUGCUGGUGUUGAUCCGUACUUUGCAAUUCAACUUGUCUCAUCAAAAGGACAUAUACUUUCAUACAAAUUGCUUAGCCAUCCUGGCCAACAUGUCGAGCACGGUGUUGGAUAUGCAUGCUUAUGUCGCACAGCGGAUAAUCAGUAUGUUUGAGCUGAUAUCUCGGAGGCAGCAAAAGCUAACAACAAAGCUUGCGCAUCAAGAGGCUGUUUCAAUGCAAGAUAUUACUGUGUACGAAGACAUGCUUUCGCUUGUGCUUGAGAUUAUCAACUCCAUCCUCACCCACCGACUCAAGAAUAAUACCCAACUUGUAUACGCCCUGCUUCUCAAACGCGACAUUUUUGCUCCUUUGCGAAACCAUGCCCGCCUUUCAGAGCUGAUACGGAAUAUCGAGAACACUGUGGAUCAUUUUCAUGCACGUGUAUCUGAGGCCAACCUAAAGGCUCCAUCAACAAAUGAGAUUUUGGAUUUGAUUGAUCAGGCUGCUCGAACUUGGACAUCAAAAAGCCUUGACACGAUGCCGGACCUGAAGUUCCAAUAUGAAGAAGAGCAAGAUUCACGGGAGUUUUUCGUACCUUAUGUGUGGGCAUUGAUACAUCGAAGAGCGUUCAUCUAUUGGACGGAAGAAAAGGCACACAUAUUGCAAGAAUACCGACAAAUGAGUGGAGAGCUGGAAGAUAUCGAGAUGAUCAGCGAACGAAAGGAACAUCUUAGUCGUAAUGGAUAA